AUGUCCACCACCGAGAAAAACCUCCGCCCGCUAUCCCGCUACAUAACCACCCACAACCCCUCCACGGGCACCGCGAUCUUCUCAAACACCCUCUCCGAAGAAAUGCCCGUAGCCCCGAUCCCCAACUCCGCACACUUCAGCCUCGCCUACACAACCUCGCACUACCCAUCGCAGAUCCCAACCUCGGAAUCCGACGUCUCCGAAUAUUCCUCCUACCUCACCCAGCCCCCAGGACUAGUCAUCUCAAGAGGCUCAGUGUGUCGCAUCGUCGACAUGCCCCCGGACGCCUUGAGUCCGAUGCAUCGCACCCAGAGCCUCGAUUAUGGAGUUGUCUUGGAAGGCGAGGUCGAGCUUGUGCUGGAUUCUGGGGAGACGAGGGUGUUGAAGCGGGGUGAUGUUGCUGUGCAGAGGGGUACGAAUCAUGCGUGGAGGAAUCGGAGUGUUGAUGAGAAUGGGAAGGGCGUUUGGGCGAGGAUGUUGUAUGUGCUGUUGCCGGCUGAAGAGGUCUUGCUUGAUGGGGGGAGGAAGUUGGGGGAGGAUUUGGGGGGUAUGGAGGGUGUUAGGGAGAGUACUUGA